AUGCCCACUUACGGCACCAAACCGCUAGGUCUGAUCCUGGUGCCGAACGGCGCCCUGAUCGGUCAGGCGCUGGGCGACCAGUACGACGCGCCGGCCGAGCCGCGCGUCUUCACUGGCGCGCCGACCAACCUGACGUACCCGCUGCCGGCGCUGGAGGGCGCCGACGCCGGCCGCCAGUACCACACCCACCCCUGGGGCAUCUUCUUCACCAUCGUCGGCACGGUGCUGCUGGACUUCGACUCGGAUGCGUGCCAGAGCCCGGCCAGGGCCUUCCUGCUCGACAUCACAGUGCCCGAGGACCACGCCAGGGGCCUGAGCACGUUCACCAUCAUGGCCGGCCUGGGCGGAGCUCUCGGAUACGCCAUGGGGGGCAUCAACUGGGACGCGACGGUCAUAGGAGAGGUGUUCGGAGGUCACGUGCGAGCCGUGUUCACGUUGGUGCUCUUCAUCUACAUCGCCUGUCUGAUGACCACGCUAUGCAGUUUCCCGGAGAUACCUCUGGACCUCAUCAACGCCCAGCUCAAGGAAGACGAGAAGGAGAGGAACGUCGGGGAGGGCGAGGUGAUGCUGACGGUGAACCCGGCGGACGAGGCGCCCCGCUCCUACGGCACCGUCACAGGCGACACCAGUCCCAGCCGCUACCGACCUGGGGGCGACGAGCCGCGGGUGACGCUGAAGGAGUACCUCCUGUCGAUCGUCUACAUGCCGGCCUCGCUGCGGGCUGCAGUGGGUUCGGCGUCGCGCUCUGCGUACGAGGAUGGCGUGCGCUUCGGUUGCUGGGGCAUGGCCAUCUACUCACUCUCCUGCUCCGUCUACUCAUUCCUCAUCGAGUCAUUGGUUCGUAAAUUCAGGGCCCGGCCGGUGUACGUGGGCGGGCAGCUGGUGUACGCCGUCGGCAUGGUGUUCAUGGCCACGCUGCGACACCGGGUGGCCGUUAUAGUAUUCUCAGCCUGCGCCGGCGUCAUGUACUCCACACUUUUCACCAUGCCGUACCUGCUGGUGGCUCACUACCACGUCUCGGGAUCGCGGGUCUGA